ACUUGUUUCGAUCGCAGGAUGGAGUUCAUGAAAUUGAUGCAGUGGGUUUGGUAGUGAAGGCAACUGAAUGCCGAGUGAGUGACCGCCUCGUGUACAUCUUCAAUUCAAUAAUGUCUCUGUUUGGAAAUGACAUAGCGAAACACAUUGUUCUCCUCAUCACAUACUCAAAUGGAAGAAGACCUGAAAAUGUUUUUCAAGCUCUUCAAGCUGCAAACAUUGAAUGUGCACAAAAUGAGAAUAAUGAGCCUGUUCACUUCCUGUUUGAUAACUACCAGCAUGAAGUCCGGAAUCAGCAAGGAUACCCUGAUGUUCCAGAUAUAAUAUCAGCACAUGGAAUUGCAAAGUUAACAGAUUUUCUGAAAAAUACUGCUCCUCAAAAACUGGAGAAAACUGUGGAAGUUAUAAAGGAACAUAUCAGACUGACAGCCUGCAUCCAAAACCUGCAAGACCGCAUUGAGAUGAUCGUGCUGAAAGGGAGAGAAAUCAAAGAGAUUCAGCAAGCUAUGAAGAAGCAUGAACAACAAAUGAAGCUGAAUGCAGAGUUUGAAAUAGAAGUUAAUGAGCCAUACAAACACAAAGAGUCGAUUUCUACUGGGAUGUGGGGACUGUUUUUUUAUGAAGCAGCUGUCUGCUGCCCAUUGUGUGAGGAGACCUGUCACUAUCCUGGAUGCACAGUGGCCUGGAAACCAGCACACUGUGAGGUCAUGAAAGGAGGACGCUGCACUGUUUGUAGCAGGAAGUGUCUCGCAUCAGCUCAUGUAAAAGAAAAAUGGAGAUAUGUGAACAAGAUAAAGAAAGUUAAGAAAACCCUGACAGGUGUAAAGGAGAAGUAUGACAAGAACAAAGCAGCAUCUUUGAAGGCAUCUGCGAUUUUGGAUGAUCUCCAAAAAGAAAUUGAUAAUCUUGAAGCAGACAAGGAAAAGUGGAUUGACAUGGUUGUCCAACAUAUUGAAACACUCAGUAAAAUUAGUUUGAAAGUUGAUUCAGUGUCCACUUAUGUCCACUUGGACUACCUGACUGAGAAGAUGAAAGAAAAUGGAGACACAGAGAAGUUUCAGAAGCUGAAGGAAAAGACAUGUCAGGUCAAUGAAGCAAUCCGCAGUGGGGUGAAGUAUGCAUAUGAUGGCAUGUGUAAAAUAUUUACAAAAAAUAAAGAAAACAAAGAGGGCACUAACGUGUAGGUUCCCUAAUCAUCAUAUUUGAAUGUGCAUCACAUCUGCAGAUGUAUUGUAGUUGUUUUUGGGGUGGGACAGAGAGAGAUUGUUGUCCUGGGGGGCUUACCUCUCAUCACAUCUGAGGCAGGAUAAAAGGUCUUAACAUCCAGCCUUUUAUUUUAAAAGUAAAGAAAAUAAAAUAAAAGGCUGUAGAAAAAAUAAAAUAAAAAUCAUAGCACUUUUAAAAAGUGCUAUGAUUUUCUGCAUCACUUUUAAAAGUGCUAUGAUAAAGUCUAUAUGUGGUUUUGCUCAUAGUCAUCUUUAGUCCUGAUCAAAGCUAUAAUCAAAGUACAAGUCUGAUAAGUAUG